CUUGUGUGUAAAAACUCCUACAAUUCUCUAGAUGAAGACCUGCUGCAUAUGCAACCAAUUAAAGCACCGCUUAAAUGGUUAGAUAUUAAAACGAUCUUCAUGACGGCUGGAAACUGAAGAAGAGGAAAGCCCCAUUAGAGCACCAUGCAUGUUUUUAGUAGCAACUAUGGUCAGAAACAGUAGAGGACUUUUUACGGUGGCUUCGGGCGUUGCCCUGUGAGGCUUUUCAUUCAAGACUUCGCCAGCCCUUCUAUUUUCGGGAAUUAUAUUUUGGGUAAAAUCCAUCAGAUUAUCUUCCUUAAAUCUGUCAUCCGGUGGUAAGCAGCAGCUAAAUCACAAAUUUUUGUAGUAUAUAUAUCCUCAUCCCCUUCUUUUGCUGGUUUGCUUUGCAACAGGUAAGUUCUACCUAUAUGAUGCUUAUAUGUUUAUCUCCUUCAGAUCCCAUUUUCGAGGCAUGUUUAUUUCCUUCAGAUCCCAUUUUCAUGCCUUGAAAAUGGGUGAAAGGAAGGGUUGAAAUCUGGUUACAUUUAUAUUGAUUUCAUUUUAUCAGCCCAUACCACCAUAUCAUACAUGGUCUUGGGAUAUUUAGGCAGGGUGCUAAAUAUGUAGAAGCAUGUUAGAUGGCUGUGGAAACUUGGUGGUUUGGACAAUCUGUGAGAUACUGGCAAGAUUCAAUUUCAAGCCUUGCUUGAGACGCAGUUGUGGUCCUUGUGAACUGGUGCAGACUGUUAACCAUUAUAGCAUGCUGAUGGACUUAGAGCACAAAAGGUCUUGUCCUAACGACGAGAAUGUGGAAAGUUUCCCAGUUCCACCAGGUUUUGUAUCUCUUACAUCCUUCACAUUGAGGAGGGUGGAAAGAAGUGAAGAAACCAAUAAUUCCAUGUCCUUCGAGAGUGCAUCUACUCUAGAGCCAAUCAAGACGGACAACAUGUCUGACGUGACCAAUAUUGCCGAGUUGAAGAGAUCUUGCAAACGCAGACCAUGGAUACUUUUUGACAAAAGCAAUCACAGUCCAGAGGAUACCCCUAUAACUUGCCUUCCAAAAGGGGUUACUCGUGGAUGCCCAGAUUGUAGUAAUUGUCUGAAGGUAAUAGCAAGGUGGCGUCCGGAAGAAGCAAGAAGGAGUGUAAGUGAAGAGGCUCCGGUUUUCUAUCCAACAGAAGAGGAAUUUGAAGACACUGUUAAGUAUAUUGCAAGCAUACGCCCUAGAGCUGAAGCAUAUGGAAUUUGUCGUAUUGUUCCUCCUUCUUCAUGGCAACCUCCUUGCCUAAUUAAGAAAAAUAACAUAUGGGAAAAUUCUACGUUUGUUACCCAUAUUCAGCUGAUAGAUGGGCUUCAAAAACAGUCUUCACAGAGUAAAAGGGCUAGAUUUAAUGAAAAUGUAAAGGGUAAGAGGAGAAGUUUGAGGAUGGCUUCAAAAUAUGAGUCUAGUGAUGAAGAUGCCAAAAACCCUGAUGACGUUGGACGUUUCAAUGUUGAAAGCUUUGAGUCUGAACCUGGCCCAGAAUUUGCUCUCGAAACUUUCAAGAUAUAUGCAGAUGAUUUCAAGUGCCAAUAUUUUUGCAGUGGAGGUAAGGUUACAGGUCGGGAUAAAAAUUCAACUGGGUUCCAAGAGAAGGGGGAACCAUCAUUGGAUGAUAUUGUGGGUGAAUACAUACGUAUUGUUGAGAAUCCAACUGAAGAAAUUGAGGUGCUUUGUGCAAACCUGGAGACUGGAGUUUUGGGCAGUGGAUUUCCAAGAGUAUCCAAUCUUGUGGAGAUAUCUGGUUAUCCUAAGUAUUUGAAAUCAAGCUGGAACUUAAAUAAUAUACCUAAACUGCCAGGUUCUCUUCUUUCUUUUGAAACCAAGGAGACGUCUCAUAUCUUACAGCCUCAGCUUCAUGUAGGAAUGUGCUUUUCUUCACUUCAAUGGAAAUCUGAAGAGCACCACUUAUACUCAUUGUGUUACAUGCAUUUGGGUGCUCCUAAAAUAUGGCAUUGCGUUCCAGGAUGCUAUAAUGUUAAGUUUGAGGCGGCCGUGAAGAAAUACUUUCCAGAUUUGUUAGUUGAACCUCUGUUGGGUCAUAAGCUGGUUACUGAAAAAUCUGCCUCCAUGUUGAAGUCAGAGGGUAUACCCAUCUAUCGUUGCAUUCAAUAUCCUAGGGAGUUUGUUCUUGUCCUCCCAGGAGCAUAUCAUACUGGAUUUGACUCAGGCUUUAAUUGUACGGAGGUGGUAAAUUUUGCUCCCCUUGACUGGUUGCCCUUUGGACAGAAUGCUGUAGAACUCUAUCAUGAGCAAGGAAGAAAAACUUCACUAUCCCACGAUAAACUGCUACUUGGGGCAGCUAGGGAAGCUGUGAGGGCACAAUGGGAACUCGCACUCCGUGGGAAUAACACAUCAGAUAAUUUGAGAUGGAAAGAUGUGUGUGGAAAGGGCGGGAUAUUAGCAAAAGCGCUCAAGUCACGUAUUAAGUACGAAGGCAUUAGGAGGAAGUAUCUUUGCAACUCUUCACAGUCACAGAGGAUGUGUAAAAAUUUUGAUGCUACCAGCAAAAAGGAAUGCACAGUGUGCCUCUAUGACUUGCACAUGUCUGCAGCUGGUUGCCAAUGUAAUCCAAACAAAUUUUCAUGUUUGAAUCAUGCAAAGCAGCUUUGUUCUUGCCCUUGGGGUGACAAAUUUUUCCUCUUCCGUUAUGAAAUGAAUGAGUUAGAUAUUCUACUUGACGCUUUGGAAGGAAAACUAAGUGCAGUCUACAGAUGGGCUAAAGAUGAUCUUGGACUGUCUCUGCAUUCUUCUGUCUCCAAAAAUAGUCCACAAGAACCAUGGCUUGUAGGCCGUCAAAACUCUCGUUCAGAAGAAUCAAAACAAAAGGAGCACAAAUCCCAAAAUGUGGGAAAACCCAAUGGAAUUGAUAGAAACUCUGCUUCUAACAUUAAGGCAGAAAUAAAGGCACGUCUGCUCCAAUCUAAAGUCUUGAGUAACUUGAAAGCAAAAGACAAUACUGUGGAAACCCAAGAUGCAGCAACGCGAAGCCGCAUCAGUACUCCUUCAUCUAGUAUUGAGACAGAAACAAAGGCACAUGUGAUUCAAUCAACAAUGUCCAACAAGCCAAAUAAAAAUGGUGAUGCAGCAGCAUCUACAAUUAAUUCGAGUGCGACAGCAGAUGGUAUUUCAUUUUUGCAGACAGAGGUGAUACUUGAGGUGUCUUCUGAAAGCACUAGUGUGUCAAGUUCCUCAGAGUCUGAGGAGGAGACAUUGGAUCUUGUCUUUGGUUCAGCUAAAAAGGGUGCUGUAUAGGUAAAGAAGUUUCACUUGUUAAUCUUUGAAGAGGUGCUGCAAUAGAGUUGACUGCAUUUUUAUAUUUUUUAGAAAAAACAAAAGAGUUUGAACAUUCAAAUCCAAGAUUAGUGACUUAACAUCUUAUGAUGAUACAAUGAGAGUACCACAUAUAUCUGUACUUUAAGAUUACUUGAUAUUAAGGGCUUGUUUGGAUUCACAAGUCAUCUCAGCUCAUCUCAA